UAUUAAAAUUACUUCUAUUUGCUACUGCUGAUAAACGAAAAAAUACUGAGGAACAAAUUUGUAAAGAGUUAUCAAUAUUAAAAACUCAAUCUAGUCAAAACAACACUAUUACUAAAACAUUCACUAUCGAAAAAGAAGAAUGUAAUUCAUUAAAUGCUAAAUUAUAG